UGGAGGAUUGAUUUGUUUAAGUUGCGUUGGCAUGAAUUUCUUAACAAAAAACUUAAUCAUAUUGUCACCAAUAAUUAAUUAAUCUCUUUUCCAAUUUGAAGUUUAAUUGUGACAAAAACACUAAUUUUUGUUUCUUUUGUUCAAAAUGUACCAUAAAAGGGAUAAAAAGGAUGAUGAAGACUUGGCAAUAGCUGGUAAUAUAUUUGCAAAGAUUACCAAAACAUCAGCCCUUCAAGAUGCUAGGAGCUUCAACGAAACACCGGUUAACGCCAGAAAAUGUACCCUCAUUUUAACCAAAAUUCUUUAUUUAAUGAACCAAGGAGAAACUUUUACCACCCAAGAGGCCACCGAUUUGUUCUUUAAUAUAACCAAAUUGUUUCAAUCUAAGGAUACAACAUUAAGGCGUCUGGUUUACAUUGGGAUCAAGGAAUUAUCCAAAAUAGCUGAAAAUGUUUACGUUGUCACAUCUAGUUUAACCACUGACAUGAAUGCUAAGGAUGAUCUUUGUCGUCCUCAAGCCCUGCGAGCUCUUUGUCACAUCACCGAUGGCACUACAUUCCAGGGUAUUGAGCGGUAUAUGAAACAAGCGAUUGUUGACAAGAACCCAGCUGUUGCUUCUGCAGCCCUAGUUUCAGCUCAUCAUAUGGCGAAAAACAUUCCCGAAGGUGUCAAACGCUGGGUAAAUGAAGCCCAAGAAUCUGUCAAUUCUGACAAUGUUAUGGUUCAAUAUCAUGCUCUUGGAUUACUUUAUCAUAUCAAGAAGACAGAUCGAUUAGCUGUUUCCAAAUUCCUUGCAAAAUAUGCACAAACGGGAUUAAAAUCUCCUUAUGCCAUCCUCAUGCUGUUGCGUAUUGCUGCUCACUUGUAUUCACAAGAUAAACAGAAUGGUCCAUAUCUUAGUUUCAUUGAUAAAUGUCUAGAUCAUAAAUCUGAUUUGGUUUGCUAUGAAGCAGCUAGUUUGCUUUUAAAGAUCAAUUGUUCUACACCUAUUAACACAGCCGCUGCCUUUGCAGUUUGUCAAUCUGGUUUAAGUUCUAGCAGGCCUGUUGUGAGAUUUGCUGCUAUAAGGACACUCAAUCAAGUUGCUAUGCUUCGACCUACACUUGUGGAAUAUUGUAAUGUGGAACUUGAACAUUUAAUAACUGAUUCUAAUCGAUCAAUUGCCACCUUAGCUAUCACCACAUUACUCAAAACAGGGCAGGAAGCUUCUGUAGAGCGUCUAAUAAAACAAAUAUCUUCCUUUAUGAAUGAAAUAUCGGAUGAAUUUAAAAUUGUUGUUGUAACUGCCACUAGGAAAUUAUGCCAAAAAUUCCCUCGUAAACAUGCGGUCAUGAUGAACUUUUUGGAGACAAUGCUUCGGGAUGAUGGUGGUAGUGAGUUUAAGAAAGCAAUUGUUGAUACAAUUCUCCAUAUUAUCGAAGACAAUCCUGAUGCUAAAGAAGCUGGUCUAGCUCAUUUGUGUGAGUUUAUAGAAGAUUGUGAACAUACCAAUCUGAUGAUAAGAAUUCUUCAUCUUCUUGGCAAAGAGGGACCUAAGACGAGUCGUCCAGCGCGUUAUAUAAGAUACAUUUACAAUCGUUUAAUACUUGAGAGUGCGCCUUUCCAAGCUGCUGCUGUCAGCUCACUUGCUAAAUUUGGAGCACAUUGCGAAGACCUCUUACCAAAUGUAAUAGUACUUUUGCGCCGUUCUCUAUUGGAAAUGGAUGAUGAAGUGAGGGACAGAGCAACAUUUUAUCUCAAUGUUCUUCUAACAAAACAAAAAUCCUUGUAUAAUCAAUUCAUUCUGAACCCAUUGCAAGUAUCCAUUGUUGAUCUUGAGAAAUCACUCCAGCAAUAUAUUUUAGACCCUAAAGAUACACCAUUCGAUUUAAAAACGGUCCCACUUGCAACACAUCCACAGAAUAACGAUGAAUCAGCAAAGAAGCCUACAGUUAAUGGAAUGAAACCAUCAUCUGAGACUGUUCGAGUUACUAAGACAGCUCCGAAUGAAGUUGCUGAGACACGUAGAGCUAUCUAUGAAGAACAAUUAGCAUAUUUCCCAGAAUUCGAAGAAGCAAAAUUAGGUCCAUUAAUAAAAUCUUCACAACCCGUCGAAUUAACAGAGUCAGAAACAGAAUAUGUUGUUAAAUGUAUUAAACAUGUUUUCAAGCGUCAUGUUGUAUUCCAGUUUGAUUGCAUCAACACGUGCAACGAUCAAAUACUCGAAAAUGUUCGAGUAUCUAUGCAAGUUCCUGAAGGAUACAGGAAAGUUUGCACGGUCGAAUGUCCAGUUUUAUUGUAUGACGCUCCUGGCACAACAUAUUCCUGCGUAGAGAUUGUUUCUGAUAAUGUUUCAUUAUAUGUGGGAACGUUCGAAAAUCUUUUACUAAAAUACAUCGUGAAAGAUUGUGAUCCCAAUACAGGGAAAGUUUUAGACGACGAAGUUGGGUACGAUGAUGAAUAUGCCCUAGAAGAUAUUGAAAUUGUCUGGUCAGAUUUUGUGCAAGCAAUCAUUAAACCUGACUUUGUUUCGGCUUGGGAAGAGCUUGGACCUAACACUGAGGUUGCUGAGACAUUCGCGCUUCAAUCUUUCAAAACAAUUGAUGAAGCAAUUAAAAAUAUCAUUUAUUUUAUGGGAUUGGCACCUUGUGAGCGAUCUGAUGUGGUUCCAGAGGGCAAAAUGUCUCAUAGUCUUUAUUUAUCAGGGGUAUUCCAUGAGGAAGAUGAAAUCCUAGCUGUAGCUAAAUUAGCAGUUACGAAUGAAGGUGUAACCAUGAAAUUAUCUAUCAGAUCGAACAACUUGGAUAUUUCCAAUUUUAUAGUCUCCAUCAUUGCCUAAAUUAUCGCCUUCUUUUCAAUUUUUUGUUGUACUACCAAAAUAAAUCAUCAAGUUGAAUGUCUUUCUUCAUUCUGAUAGCAUGAAAUAAAAUCCAAACCCAUUCAACUCUGUUUUUAUAUGAAAAAUUAAUUUAAUUGAUAAAAAUAUUUAAUCUAAUUAAAAUAACUAUAACUUUA